AUACACGUUUGCUUAUUGAUGUGACCCCUGUCGAUCUUCUCUCAAAGCUUUUUCUUGUGUCUCGAGUUGCACCCCUGAGGCGACACAACCCAAACCUGUUCUCCUUUGGAAAUUUUGGUGCAGGAGGAACAUAUAGAAUGCACAAGGGAGCCAGAAAGACAAGAAAGAUGUGUUCACAUCGCUUGAGUCACAAUCAAAAGAGGCGAGCAAAGUCUGGAAAUCAAGUCGGGUAUGAAGUGGAACGUGCCUGUCCUUGUCCUCCUCGCUGGCGUGUGCACACUUCCAGCUUUGCACGCCGCCCGCCAGUACCACUACGCCAAAGAAACCGUCAACUGGCAAGAGGCGCAGUCGAUCUGCCGUGACCUCCACAGCGACCUGGCCACAAUCACCAGCAGCGAGGAAGCAAAGAGACUAGUGGAGGGGUCACACAAUACCAUUGGCGGUCUUGGCGGCAAGACCUGGAUCGGGCUGCGCGAUGACCUCAAUAAGUGGACGUGGUCAAAUCCUAAGGACGGCAACCUGGGGUCAAACGUGUACAACAACUGGAAUAAGGAACAGCCGGACAACUCGAACGGGAAUCAGUUGUGCGUGAAGAUGGAGGCCGACGGUGGAUGGGACGACACCUCUUGCGCCAGAUUGUUGCCAUUCGUCUGCUACGACGUCAAUGCCCCAGAGAAGUUUGUCGAGGUGGGUGAGCUUCUCAACUGGUCGGAUGCUCAGGGCUACUGCCGCAGGUUACACACGGAUCUAGUCACCAUCAAGACCGCGACAGACAAUGAGAAAGUGAGGAACCUCAACGAGGGACAAGACGCCUGGAUCGGCCUCAACAGGACAAGGGUGUGGUCUGAUGGGAGUGACUCCCUCUUCCGCUUGUGGGGGGAGAAACAGCCAGAUAACGCCAAAGGGAUUGAGCAGUGCACGGUAGUGGAUCUCGGCACCAAGGAAGGACUUUGGUCUGAUGAAGACUGCACCUUGAAGCUGCCGUAUGUGUGCCUCAGAGAUGAUGUUCACUUGGUCGACCUCAAGGUGAAGCUGACAUCCAAAAUGAAUCUGACUGAGAAGGACCUCGCCGUCCUGGUGGAAAGAGAUUUUUCUACCGCGUUGAUUCAAAUGGGACUUCCUGAGAACAUUGUGGUUCGUCUGAACAAGGUCCUCAAGCAGCAGUGACGUGCGAUCAGGGGAAGCAUAAUGAAAAAAAAAAAACAUAACUAAUAAUAUAAU